AUAUAAUUAUAUAUGUAUACAAACACGCACAGAGACACGCACUAAUUUGUUCUGUUUCAAUCUGCAAAGAGAGAAGUUUUCGUGCCACAACAGAAGAAACCCUAAGCAGGAAACCAGCCAUGGACGAGAAUUUUGAGGAGCAGAACAAGCUUCCUGAGCUCAAACUAGAUGCCAAGCAAGCUCAAGGGUUUCUCUCAUUCUUCAAAAGACUUCCCCAGGACCCAAGAGCUAUUAGAUUCUUUGAUCGCCGGGACUACUAUACUGUUCAUGGAGAAAAUGCAACCUUCAUUGCAAAGACCUACUACCAUACAACCACAGCUUUGCGACAAUUGGGUAGUGGUUCAAAUAGCCUCUCUAGUGUGAGCGUCAGUAGAAACAUGUUUGAAACAAUAGCCCGUGAUCUUCUUUUGGAGAGAACCGACCAUGUUGUUGAGCUCUAUGAGGGUAGCGGCUCAAAUUGGACACUGGUGAAAAGUGGAACUCCUGGAAAUAUCAGCAGUUUCCAAGAUAUUUUAUUUGCCAACAACGAGAUGCAGGACACCCCUGUUGUUGUUGCACUAGUACCCAACUUUCGUGAAAAUAGUUGCACUAUUGGGUUAGGUUAUGUUGAUCUAACGAAAAGAGUGCUUGGGCUUGCAGAGUUUCUUGAUGACAGCCACUUUACCAACGUGGAAUCAGCUUUGGUUGCUCUUGGUUGCAAGGAAUGUCUUUUGCCUGCAGAGACUGGAAAAUCUAAUGAAAAUAGAACUUUGUAUGAUUCAUUGACCAGAUGCGGCGUAAUGUUAACUCACAGAAAGAAGGCUGAGUUUAAGACAAGGGAUCUGGUGCAAGAUCUUGGUAGACUUGUCAAAGGUUCUAUAGAGCCAGUUCGGGAUUUAGUUUCUGGGCUUGAUUUUGCACCUUGUGCUUUAGGGGCGCUACUCUCUUAUGCAGAUCUACUGGCAGAUGAGACCAAUUAUGGAAAUUAUACUAUCCGAAAAUACAAUCUCAACAGCUACAUGAGAUUAGAUUCUGCUGCAAUUAGGGCGCUUAAUGUCCUGGAAAGCAAAACGGACGCAAACAAAAAUUUCAGUCUAUUUGGCCUUAUGAAUAGAACAUGUACUGCCGGAAUGGGAAAGCGAUUGUUGAACAUGUGGCUGAAACAGCCUCUGUUAGAUGUAAAUGAAAUCAAUUCCAGACUGGAUUUAGUACAAGCAUUUGUGGAAGAUCCUGCACUUCGUCAAGAUUUAAGGCAGCAUCUUAAAAGAAUUUCAGAUAUUGAGCGGCUGACGAACAAUCUUGAGAAGAAAAGGGUUGGUCUGCAGCAUAUUGUAAAACUCUACCAGUCAUGUAUAAGACUUCCAUACAUAAAGAGUGCUCUACAACAGUACGAUGGUCAAUUUUCCUCACUGAUAAAGGAAAGGUACUUGGAUUCUCUUGAAAUCUUGACGGAUGAAGAGCAUGUGAAUAAGUUCAUUGGUCUAGUGGAAACUUCUGUUGACCUUGAUCAACUCGAGAAUGGAGAAUACAUGAUAUCAUCUAGUUAUGACCCUGCGUUAUCUUUAUUGAGAGAUGAACAAGAGUCGCUAGACCGCGAAAUAAGCAAUUUGCAUAAACAAACUGCCAAGGAUCUUGAUCUACCAGUGGAUAAGGGUUUGAAAUUGGAUAAGGGCACACAAUUCGGACAUGUAUUUAGGAUUACGAAGAAGGAAGAGCCAAAAAUAAGAAAGAAGCUUACCACCCAAUUCAUUGUCCUGGAAACUAGAAAGGAUGGAGUGAAAUUUACGAACACAAAGCUUAAGAAGUUGGGAGACAAGUAUCAAAAGAUGCUUGAGGAGUACAAGAAUUGUCAGAAAGAACUGGUUAACCGAGUAGUUCAAACAGCGGCAACUUUCUCUGAGGUAUUCGGGUCAUUGGCAGGUCUGCUUUCUGAAUUAGAUGUCUUACUUAGUUUUGCUGAUUUGGCUUCUAGUUGUCCAACUCCUUACACUAGACCAGAUAUCACUUCAUCGGAUGAGGGAGAUAUCAUUUUACAAGGGAGUAGACACCCUUGUGUUGAAGCUCAGGACUGGAUGAACUUUAUACCAAAUGAUUGUGAACUUGUGAGGGGUAAAAGUUGGUUCCAAAUCAUCACAGGACCUAAUAUGGGUGGGAAAUCCACUUUUAUACGGCAGGUUGGUGUGAACAUUCUGAUGGCACAAGUUGGUUGUUUCGUUCCAUGUGACAAAGCUACCAUUUCUGUUCGUGAUUGCAUUUUUGCUCGAGUUGGUGCUGGUGACUGCCAACUACGCGGGGUUUCUACCUUUAUGCAAGAGAUGCUCGAGACUGCAUCGAUUGUGAAAGGUGCUACAGAUAAGUCAUUGAUAAUCAUUGACGAGCUGGGCCGUGGAACCUCAACUUAUGAUGGCUUUGGUUUAGCUUGGGCCCUCUGUGAGCACCUUGUUGCAGUGAUUAAAGCACCUACUUUGUUUGCGACCCAUUUUCAUGAACUGACUGCACUAGCUCAUGGAAAUCCCGACCAUAAGCCCAACAGCAAGCAUAUUGUUGGUGUAGCAAACUAUCAUGUUAGUGCACAUAUUGACACGUCAACUCGCAAGCUGACCAUGCUGUACAAGGUCGAGCCAGGGGCUUGUGAUCAAAGUUUCGGUAUCCAUGUAGCAGAAUUCGCAAAUUUUCCCGAGACGGUCGUGGCCCUUGCCAGAGAAAAGGCUUCUGAAUUGGAAGAUUUCUCACCCAACACAAUUAUCUCAAAUGGUUUUAAACAUGAGGCGGGGUCGAAGCGCAAGAGAGAGUGUGAUCCUGACGAUAUCUCUCGGGGUGCAGCCCGGGCACAUCAGUUCUUGAAGGAAUUCUCCGAGUUGCCGUUGGAGAAAAUGGAUCGAAAGCAGAUAAUGGAAAAAAUAAGCAUGUUGAAUGACGACAUGCAAAAAGAUGCAGUAAACUCUCAGUGGCUCCAGCAGUUCAUCUGAUUCUAGCUUCUCUAAUUUAAAGUGGAGUUCACCCUUUUUGUGACUUCAGACAUUUUGUAAAGCUUGUCUUGUAAAUGAGCUUGUUAAUGGAAGUGACAUCUAAUAUGAAGUGAAUGUUUGGUAUAUGGGUUCUACUGCAGUGUAAACCCAUGAUUUUGGUUCUGUUAUAAUAUUUUUCUCUUAUAAAAAUUUUGAAUGUUAAAAAUCAUAAUCAAGAAUCUUAAUUUGAACCCAUAUACCAGACAGACGAGUCGUAAACUUUCCCCCAUUUUGCGGCUAAAAAGAAUUCACAUGCAACUGCGACCUACU